AUGAGUGACACACGAAGAACAUCAGGAGACACCUCCGGCGAGCUCCGGUUACUAGGUUUACUAAUUUUGGCCUGGGCAAUAUUGCUAGCUUGUGGUUUGCUAGCGAACCAAGAAACUCCUGUCGCGCCGAAUAUAGAAAUAGCUUCUAUGGAUUUCACUGUGCGUAAUAUUACACAAACUCGUCUCAGUGCAAAUUGGGAUUUAUUGAUAAGGGUCCCCAGUAACCUUCCUAAUGCCUAUAUAUGUCUCCAAGGAGACAUUCAAGCUUCAUUGUUUUACAAGACUAUUAAUCUUGUUACCUCAUCUGCACAAAGGUAUAUCGAUCUCAAAUCUGGCACAGCUCAACAAAUUAGGGUUUCAGUAGAAGAAGAUAUUGACGGUUUGAUUAGGAAAAGGAUUAUCAAAGAUAUCAAAGAAAAGAGAGAAGUGAAGUUCGGAUCGCAGUUGUUUCUAACGGAUUGUAGAAAAGGGACCACAGGAGUUAUGAGCUAUGCGUGCGAUAUAACCAUGUUGCGGUUCGAGCCAGGUUCUGAGACCAAGGCGUCUAAAUUUGGAGACAACCCUAGCUGUUUUAAUUUUUGA